AUGGGGAUGGACGAGAAAGAAAAACAAGAGAGAGAGAAAGGAGAGGGCAAAUUCAGGGUUCUCGGUCUGUGGCGCAGAUGUGGCGUGGCUAUUACUCGAUGCGGUCUUCCCCAGAGAGGUCAACUGCCACUCUCCGCCGGCCGACCACAGCUCGACCAGCUCGAUCAGAUUCAAGAACCGUCCCGUCAUAGACCACCAAAACUUGCAAACCCGCUCAUCCUGACUGAGGGUUGGGCUCAUUCUCGCACCGAUUCAUAUCCUAACCGCUUUUUCCAUUGCGUCACCUUCCACGCCGGCAACAUGAACCAUAUGCGCGGUCUCGUGUCCACAGCGCAGGCCUUGCGCCAGACCUUCAUCGCUCCUCUUCGUACUCCCAAGGCAUUUUUUGUGCAGCCACGGCCUCUCUGUAAUGCCUCCCAGCAGCGUUGCUUUCAUAUGUCCCCUCGCCUCGCACUGCCUGUCGUUCGAACACCCAACGCUCCCACGCAGAUAAAGGACGAAGCUAUUGGCACUCGGCUUGUACAACUAGUCGACGAAGAGCAAAACCUCAUGCCUCCCCGAAGACUAGCUGAGGUUCUCGAUUCCUUCGACCGCAGCAAGUUUUUCCUCCUGCAAGUCUCCCCCGCCGAAAGCGAACGACCGCCCGUUUGCAAGAUCUUGAACAAGAUGGAAGCCAAGCAACACGAAAAGGCCAAAGCGAAAUCCGCAAAAGUAGCAAAGGUGCAGACGAAGCAGAUUGAGUUGAAUUGGGCAAUUGACGCCCAUGAUCUGUCUCAUCGUCUGAAGCAGUUGACCAACUUCCUGGAGAAAGGCCGGAAAGUGGAGGUGAUCAUGAAGCGGAAGAAGGCCAAGCGCGCGCCCACUGUGGAUGAAAUCAAGCAGGUCAUACAGAGUGUAUUGGACACCACAAGGGAAGUUGGGGCGACUCAAGUCAAAGCAAUGGAGGGAGAGCCAGGCAAGCAGGUGAUCAUCACGGUCAAAAAGGAGACCUAA